GACUGCAUUGGAGGGUGGCUCUGGAUUAUUGUCCAGAGCAGAGUCAGAAUCUAGAAAGGGGUCAGUGUCUGAAUAUGCUUCUGGAUCAGGAUCUGGAUCUUCUCAAUUUGAAAGCCAGGAUGGCUAUGUUAUGUCAACCAACCUGUCAGGUAUAUUUGGGGAAAAUGCAAGUGUUCAUGCAGGAAAUCUCAAACUGGACACUAAUUCUAGCAAAGUGAACCAGGUGGAUGAUCACAACACAGCUGAUUGGACGGUCACCAGCUUUGGUGGUGAAAGCAUUGAUGUUUCUUUUAAAAAUGUCAGCAGUUACAGUAAUAUAAAUGGGCAUAAUUCUACCGAGCAUGACAAUUCUGAUAACAUGACACAGUAUUACCUUGAAUACUCUGUCUCAGAUAAUGUACUAACCUCUGAAAGUGAGCAGUUUGUCAUAGAUAGCAUUUCAACAGUCCCGGAAUCCCCGCGCUGCUUGCCGAUUGAUUCUGAUUUGCCGUUUUGCACCAGAAUGGGAGUGGAGAGUUUUAUGGUGCCCAAUUUUCUAAAUCAAAGCAGCGUGGAGGAAGUUCAAGCGGUCUUGACCGAGUGGGUGUGGCUCUUGCGGUCAAGCUGCCACCAUAGUUUGGAAUGGUUUUUCUGCCUGCUCUUGACACCUCAGUGCGGCCCUCCUGGAUUGCCGCCCCUACUGCCCUGUCGCUAUUCCUGUGAGGUCCUCCGUGACAGCUGCUGGAUGCUGCUGGAUGAGGGUCGCCUCCCUGUGGAGUGCCACUCUCUGCCUGAAGAUGAGCAUGAUGGGUAUCAGUGCUUGUCAGUUAGUAACCAGAAAGAAGAGAGUGGAGUAUCACUGUUGCAAUUAAUUGGUGAUCCUCCACCUGAUGGCAUCACAAAAGACUAUGGCUCCGACAGCCCUGGCUAUGUUUUUGGCCCAAACUCCAAUGUGGGCAAGUCCGCUGCAGCUCACCUGCCCAACCCAUUCUUCCGUGACUUUUCCCUCAUCUUCAACUUAAAACCAACGUCUACCAAGCCUGGCGUCAUCUUCUCUAUAACAGACCCGUCUAAGAAUAUCAUGUAUGUGGGUGUGAAGCUGUCUGCUGUUGUGAAUGGCAAACAGGACAUCAUCUUCUACUACACCGAGCCAGACUCACAGAGCUCAUACGAGGCCACCAGAUUCACAGUGCCUUCCAUGCUGAACACCUGGACACGGUUUUCUAUCAGUGUUCGAAAUGAGCAGGUGGCCCUUUACUUCAAGUGUGACUCUGACCCUCAAGCCGUCAACUUUGAGCGGUCUCCAGAUGAUAUGGAUCUGGACGCUAUGGCUGGAGUGUUUGUUGGUCAUGCCGGUGGAGCGGACAGUGAUAAGUUUCUGGGUGUCAUCGGCGAUCUGAGGGUGUUGAAAGACCCUGGAGCAGCUGAACGCCACUGUGAGGAAGAUGAGGAUGACUCAGAUGGGGGAUCGGGUGAAGGCAGAGGAAGUGGUGGCGGGUAUGAAACACCAUCAGUCCAGCCAACACCUCCCUCCUCUCCGCCACUCCAGCCGCCACCAGUGACCAGCAAACUCUCAGGUUCUACUGGAGCAAGAGGAGAGAAAGGACACAGAGGAGAGAAGGGUGCCAAAGGUGACAUGGGUCCUGCGGGGCCAAAGGGAGAGUCAGGAUCUGGAUCUGUGUCUGGUGGUGUUCUAAAAGGAGAGAAGGGUGCCAUUGGAGAGAAAGGAAUGAAGGGCAAUCCCGGUUUUGGUUAUUCUGGACCAAAGGGUGACCCUGGCCUCCCUGGGCCCCCAGGGCCUCCUGGUCCCCCGGGGCCCAGUGCAGAGGUAGAGGUGAGGGGAGAUGGUUCUGUAGUGCAGAGUAUGAUGGGGCCGAGAGGACCACCUGGACCACAAGGGCCAACAGGACCUGCUGGCCCUGCUGGAGCCGAUGGAGAGCCAGGUGACCCUGGUGAAGAUGGAAAGGCAGGCGCUGUUGGACCUCCUGGUUUUCCUGGAACUCCAGGGAAUGCAGGACCCAAAGGAGAAAAAGGUGAACGAGGAGAAGGCCAGCCAGGACCCCGUGGGCCUCCUGGCCCCCCAGGACCCCCAUCUCGCUCUGAUAGGCCUACAUUUGUGGACAUGGAGGGCUCUGGAUUUGAUAUGGACGUUGUGCGGGCAUUGCCCGGUUUGCCAGGCCCACCUGGUCCUCCCGGGCCCCCUGGUCCCCCUGGCCUUGGGUCUUCAGGAUCUGGUGGUUUUGGUCCUCCUGGCCCCCCUGGGCAAAAUGGGGCUCCGGGUCAAACGGGACUACCGGGUCCACCAGGCGCUGAUGGAAAACCAGGCUCACCGGGCACAAGAGGAGAAAAGGGUGACCCCGGUGAGCUGGGCCUACCUGGACCUGUGGGAGCGAAGGGUUCUCAAGGUUCUUCUGGUUCUCCUGGACUCCCAGGAGAGAGUGGGCUUGCUGGUCUUCCAGGACCAAUGGGACCCGUCGGACCACCAGGGCCACCUGGUCCUCCUGGCCCAAGCUAUCAAGUUGGUUUUGAUGAUAUGGAAGGCUCAGGAAUUGUUCACUUCGGUUCAGUCCCUGGAGUUAGAGGACCAGUGGGAAGACAGGGACUUCCUGGUAUCCCAGGACAACCAGGUAAGCCUGGUUUCCCUGGAUUUCCUGGUGAAAAAGGCAGUGAGGGACCUCAAGGAAGAGAUGGCCGUCCUGGGCUGGAUGGCUUCCCUGGACCACAGGGACCAAAGGGGGACAAGGGAGACAGAGGAGACAGAGGUGAACCUGGUCGAGAUGGUACUAGUCUUCCAGGUCCACCCGGCCCACCUGGACCUCCUGGACAAAUUAUUUAUCGACAUUCUGGAAAUUAUGAUGGAGCUGGAGGAGCAGGACCUCAGGGUGGGCCUGGUCUUACUGGCCAAGCAGGAUUCCCGGGCCCAAUGGGACCAAAAGGUGACAGAGGUGAGCCUGGUGCACCAGGCUAUGCCAUUAAGGGGGAGAAAGGAGAACCUGGACUUUUUAUUGGACCUGAUGGAAACCCACUUUACCUAGAUGGAUUGGCAGGCCCCAAAGGUGAGAGAGGGAUUCCUGGACCAGUCGGCCCUCCUGGGCCAUCUGGACCUCCUGGUUUGAAAGGUGAAUUUGGAAUGCCAGGCAGACCUGGCCGUCCAGGUGUAAACGGAUAUAAAGGAGAAAAGGGAGAGUCAGGGUCUGGCUCUGGAUAUAGCUAUCCAGGUCCACCUGGUCCCCCGGGACCCCCUGGUCCUCCUGGGCCUGCUGUGCCCUUGGACAGAUUCGGUAGAUAUGAAGAUUUCACAAGGCAGUAUCCAGCUGUGAAAGGGGAGAAAGGAGACCAGGGAGCCCCUGGCAUUCCAGGAUCUGCAGGUUUUGCCUCUGACUUUGAUAUCUACACCCUCAAGAAUGAGAUGAAGGGAGAGCGCGGUGAUCCUGGUCUUAAAGGCGUGAAAGGAGAACCAGGUGGUGGAUUUUAUGACCCGCGUUUUGGAGCUGUACAAGGGCCACAAGGACCACCAGGAAACCCUGGACUUCCUGGGCCUAAAGGAGACUCAAUCAGAGGGCCACCGGGACCUGAGGGCCCGCCAGGACCACCUGGGGUUGGUUAUGAUGGUCGUCCAGGAAACCCAGGUCCUCCUGGACCCCCUGGUCUACCAGGGUCACCAUCCUUGCCAGGGCCCUACAGACCAGCGGUCAAUAUUCCUGGACCUCCAGGUCCCCCUGGCCCUCCUGGAAAUCCCGGCCAAAAUUCUGGGGUGACUGUGCUGAGGUCUUAUGACAUAAUGAUUGCUACAGCACGCAGACAAACAGAGGGUGCUCUCAUAUAUGUUUUGGACAGAAGUGAUCUCUACAUCAGAGUUCGGGAUGGUGUUAAACAAGUGAUGCUUGGUGAUUAUAAACCCUUAUAUGGAGAUCUGAACAAUGAGGUGGCAGCAGUCCAGCCUCCCCCUGUUGUUCCGUAUUCCCAGGACCACAUAGCCAACAAUGGAGCAGUGCCGAUUUCUCCACCACACCAGCCGAUUGAUUUUCCAAGGAGGGAGCCAAAUCAGCAGUAUCCCUCCCAGCCCGAACAUAGAUACCCACCCCACACUGAUAACAGGUACAAUCCUGUGCAACCACAAAUCAGAUACCCGGUCACUCCUGGCCACCAUCCCAGUCCCCCUGUCAAUCAACCAGAAGGCCACACCCACACCUCUGGACCAGGGUUGCAUCUUAUUGCCCUGAACUCUCCACAAGUGGGCAACAUAAGAGGCAUUCGUGGAGCAGACUUCCUGUGCUUCCAGCAAGCUCGGGCCGUGGGACUGAAGGGAACAUUCAGGGCCUUCCUGUCCUCCAAACUUCAGGACCUCUACAGCAUUGUCCGCAAAUCUGACAGAGACACACUGCCAAUUGUGAACCUCAAGGAUCAAGUGCUUUUCAGUAGCUGGGAGUCUCUCUUCAGUGAUUCAGAGAGCAGGAUGAAGGACAAUGCGCCUGUCUACUCAUUUGAUGGCAGAGAUGUCCUGAGGGACAGUGCCUGGCCAGAGAAGAUGAUCUGGCAUGGGUCCAAUGCCAAGGGUCACCGGCAGACAGAUAACUACUGUGAGACGUGGAGGGCCGGAGACCAUGCAGUGACAGGCCUGGCCUCCUUCCUGCAGUCAGGCCAACUCCUCCAGCAGACAUCCAGCAGCUGCUCCAGCUCCUACAUCGUGCUGUGCAUCGAAAACAGUUACAUGACACACUCCAAGAAAUAAAGCCGUCCACAAGAGUUUUUGAACACUCUAAACAACUGUUUAUACAGGCCCAGUUCCACCCCAAUAGAUGCCUGUGUCUAUGAAUGAAUAUAUAUACAUAUAUAUAUAUAUAUAUAUAUAUAUAUAUAUAUAUAUAUAUGUAUAUGUAUAUAUAUAUAUAUAUAUAUAUAUAUAUAUAUAUAUAUAUAUAAAAAUGUAAAAGAACUGAGUCUGCCUUUACGAGAAUUUGCCUGUUGUCUGCUCCCGUAAUGCCAAAGAGGCAGUUGAACGUGGAGGUGUUUGCGCUCUCUCAGGGCAUUGGCACAUAUUUUUCAAGGUUAAACCAGAUAAGUGAGGCCAACUGAGGCAGUGUUUUAUGUGUAUUCAUAAAAUAUUUUGUAUAUGAAUUCUCUGUUGUAUGUGUUGUCUUUUUAUGUUUCUUUUAAGAUGUCUUAAUUGGUAUAUUUAACCAAUUUUAGCUACAUAUUUUUGUGUAACUUUUUCCACAUAUUUGUCCAUACAUUUUCCAUUUUCAUCCAAGAUUUUUUGGGAUACCGAGGGGCAAACAUUUAGCUAUAGUUAUAGGGCUUAAAAAGAGAAAAUAUUUAUUUCACAAUGAAGAGAGACCAAAUAUGAUUUGAAACAGAAAAAAAUCAAUACUUUUUUUUGCUGUUUUAGUUGGCACAUUUUACAGUUUAAUUCUUCCACAGAUAAAAGUGUGAAACUGAAAUGGUUAACCUUAGCUAAAUAUGGUAACUCUCUCAAAAGAGUCCAAUUAGUUUACUGUAAUAAGGUGCCUUGAAAAUUUCAAUAUGUUUCAAAAGAGUCCAGUUGUUAUAUUGUAAUACGGUGUCUUGAAAAUUUCAAUAUCCCUCAAAAGAAUUUUGUAUAAUUUUGUGAACAAAAAGAUAAGAUACUUCUGUUGCAUUUAUGGGAUCACUUUUAUAUAUAUAUAUAUAUAUAUAUAUAUAUAUAUAUAUAUAUAUAUAUAUAUAUAUAUAUAUAUAUAUAUAUAUUAUUCUUUUUUUAAUUUUUUUUAUAAUUAUUGUUAUUAAUGUGAAGUUUUAUAUGGACAUUCUUCUUAGGGUCAAUGCUUUUCUGGUUGAUUCCAGAUUUGUUUUUUCUUUUUCUUUUUUCCCCGAUAAAACAAAGUGGACGACAUAAGAGGGAAGCUGCAAGAUUUUUUGUAUGAAUAAAUACUGAUGUAGAAAGAAUUACAAAAUUUAGAUAACAUAUCCUAUAAUGAAUUGUUUAGACAUAAAAGAGCUUUUGGUUGCAUUUGGUGCUUUUCACUGAUGAAAACGCUGCUGACAGUGUUGUUUGGGAGAGACGUAGAUAUGUUUUAUGAAGACACUUUAUUUUCUAACUAUAUGGAAUUUCAGACACCUAAUCCACUGUAGUGCUUCUGAUGUGUGCGGUACAACCCUGUGGACUUUCCUAGUUUCCAUGUGCUAUACCAUGUCUCAGAAUAAAUGAUUUUGUUUUCAUUUGCCACAAUUUCUUUGGCACUACUAUUAUGUAUUAAAUCUAUUUCCUUAAAACCUGACCUUUCUAUUGCACAUAUCUACACAUACAGUAGCUUAAGCUUGGUUGUCUUUUCAUGCACAAUAUUAACAUAUCGGAUAUCAUUCACAGGCCAUUUCGUAUCAUAAAUUUGUUUACUUCGUUAACACUGUCAUUUGGAUUGACUAAUUAUGUAUUUAAUGUAUUUUAGAUUGAAAUGCACAUUAAAAUGGUUCCAACCCAU